AUUUUGGAGGGCUUCAGGGAGAUCUCUAAGAAAAUACGCAGAAGGUUUUAUACAGAUGAUUACCAAUUUCUCUAACAAUAUAAUCUUUUUUUGCCUCUGGCACAAAAGAUAAUGUAAAUUUGUAGAGAUUCGGAUAGGAUAAUUAAUUUUAAAGGCAUGUCAACCUUUGGUGUCCUCCUCUAAAAGACACCUCCUCAGAAAACUCCUUGCUCUAAGUUUCUAAGUUAGGCUAUUACCUUGCAGAACUCUCCUCUCCAGGCUGCUUGCUUCUCCCACUUGAUCUAAACACUAACCUUACUGCUUGAGAUCAGCAGGGAAAAGCAUUGCUUUCCCAUAGUAUUGCACAGCUGGGAGGCAGACAGGUGGAAGUCAGCAGGUACUGAGAAUGGAUUCCCUUCAGAUUUAUGUGGCAGGGGAAAGAUAAUACACAUGAGAAGCAAGACAGAAGUUGGGGAAAUAACUGCUAUUAAUGUAUAUUCAGUUUAUAGCCUCUUCCAUUAGUGGUAUAGUUUUACCUUCUUAGUUUAAGGGAAGUAGAGAAAGUAUAUUCCAGAUGCAGCAUCCAUGUAUCUUGCCUCUUAGUUAGCAGCUUUCAGACUCAUGGAUUUCUAGGGAUUUAUGAGCAACCUCUAAAUGUUCACUACAGGCAGAUGAGAAAAGCAGGCCAUCCUCUCAUGGAACUUAUAUUCAAGAUGCAAUUCUGCAGUUUCUGCAUUUCCUAAUUGCGCAGGGUUAUUCCCAAUGUAUGUGUGUGUUUUAAUUUUACUAAUAGUGCCCAAAUUUUGUCUGCUGGAACAGAAAAAGUUUAUAUGUUCAUUGAUAGGUUCUGAGGCAUGGCAGAUCAAGGUAGAUGGCUGUGCCACUGAUUUCUGCUUCCUCCAUCACUAAAGUCUUGCAAAGGGUCAACCCCAAAAUAUUUCCACCUCCCUAGCUAAUUCUUUUAAUGUUUCAAGCUACCACUACCUGUUUGAUCACAGCAGAGUUAUGCCAUUAGUGCAUAGACUAUAAGAAACAAAAAGUAAAUUUCUAAAAGAACUGACAGAUGAAGCUCAUCACCAGCAGCCCUGGUCUUUGCCAUAGGAAGAAACACUUUAAGUGAAAGUUAAAUGGAACAACUGGGCUUAUUUGACAUUCACUGUCCAGGAGCAACACAAUGACAACAGCUUUAAGCAGUGCUUGGAGUAGAACAGGUUAAGAUGUAUAUUUGGUGCCUUCUAGUAAAAUACAGUCAAAGAACAACUGCUGAGCUCUUACCAUUGAGAUUCUGCUGAAUGUUUUUAGAAGCACAGCUCUUGCCAGGAUGUUUUAUAUUUUCUACGCAGCCCAGCUCCUAGUUUGGCAUCUAAGUGCAGUUGGUCAGAUCUGUGAAUGCUUGGCUUCUACAGGACACUGCUGUUUUUAUGGCAAUCCUGAACACAUUGCAGAAAUAUUAUCUGGCACCUGACCUACUAAAAGCUGUCAGAAAACAAGAGAAAUUGUCAGAUGUGAAAAGCUGGCCAUCUGGUCCAUUAAUAGGGAUCAUCAGCUCAUAGCAGGGACCUCAGGUUUCGGAAGCUGAGGAUAUCUGCAGACGAGAGUCAGCUGUCAGCAUUGCAUAUAUGAAAGAAAAGGAGAGCUAUAUGGCUCUUCAUGACUGUGUGAAACUGGCAUCAGUUUCCUCAGAUUCAAGCAGGAUUGUUUGCUGUUGCACUAGUAAUACCACAGCCGAGACAAAGCUCUUUUCUCUGCCAGAGAGGGUUGAUUAGUAGAGGAAUCUUGGUCCUGAGGUUGCAGCUUGUCCACACAAAGUUAGAUUGUGGUGCAGAAGUGUUUUUCACACAAAGGUUUUAACUGGGGGUGCCGCUACAGGAUCAACACAUAAGUCAAAACUAUGGUUUGUAUGAAAGCUGUUAGUACUACCACCAUUAAGGCUGAAGCGGGGACUAUAACAGCUAGCCUUUCCAUGACAUUUUCUGAGAGCCUACUUUUGUUUUCCACAGAGAUGACUUUAUGGCUUGUGACCACAUGACUUCUUUUUUAUGUUAGGAAAGGAAUGGCUUUACUUAUUGGCACUGUAAAGAAAUGUAGUUAGGCAAAAAGGAAUCAUUUAAUAUUGAAACAAUAAAGGAAUAAUUAUAGGCCUGUCUCACAGAACAGGCAGUAGAAGACAGAUGCCUUCUUUUACUUUAGCUAUCCGUGAGCUUCCUGAAACUCCACAGCUUUGACACACUUAGGAAGCUUUGUUCUAGGAAUGCCUGCCUGCAGUAAUGUCUCUGUGGAGAGGAGUUUGGAGCAGGUAGAAAAUCAGCUUUCUCAGCACAGCAGACAGUUUUCUGUACCCUAAAGAGGAUGUCACUCAUUCUUCUAGUCUUCCUCAGUGUGUGCGGAGGUUACUUUUUCCUGAACAGUAUAACUCAGCCAAGUAAUUAGGAGACUACUGAAGAUAGGAAUGAAGAUUUGGAACCAUGUGAACCAACUGUAUCUGGAAGCAAUCUUAAUCAUGGUUAUCUAAGUAAAGAAACAGGACAAUUAUGUAGCUUUGUGUCUCCAUGGUUUCUAAACAUGUUUAAGUAAUGACUCAGUUCUGAACAGAACUUACAUAAAAGUGGCCUCUACUGCAACCAUGUACAUGGUUACAAAGUAGUUAACAUUCAGGAUUUACACAGGUUUUUCUAAACCACUGUAAAAUCUAAUUCUGAUUCUUGCUUUUCUCCUCAAACUUAAUUUUUUUUCUGUCAGGAAUGACACAAAUACUUAAAGAAGAACAAGCUAGAUUCUUUUUUUCCCCUAAAAAGAGGGAAAAAAGAAAGUGACAGCACCAAUAGUUUUUGCAAACAGAAUAGCUUCUGUAAAUUCAGAACUAUCCUAAUGACUAGCAAACAGACUGAUCAGAAACUCUGGAAUUAAGUCUUGGAGAUAAGAUCACACUUCACUUCUGUAGAAGCAAGAAAUUUCUAUUGAGAUUUGGAGCUCUUGUAUUAUGAGUUUUACAGCCAACAAGGGGAGAGGAAGUCAGUGUCUCCCCUCUUUUCUAGAUGCUUCAACUUGGUUUUGGCAUAAACUGCAGUGUUUGACCCACUUUAAUAGGCUCCUUGACCAUUUUUAGUCUCUCUGUUUAUUCCUCUACCAAGUAAAACCAUACUUUUCCUCUGCAAGUAAACUGAUUUAGAACGUGGCAAUCAAUGUGAGUGCUACCAGCCAAGGCUGCAAAGAAAAAGCUCUGGAGAGAAGUAGAACUGGCUGUUUGAUGGUUUGUUUUCCUUGUGGUGUUCUGAGUUGCAAAACCAGCAUUAAGAGCUCUUGAGGUACUGAGUUGGGUAAUUGAUGAGGCAAAGCCAGGGUAAGUUAGAUACACCGGUGAAUAUCACACUGUGACCCGCACAGCUGCCUUCCGAUUCUGUGUGCUUUUACAGGUUAGCUUCAUCUUAUGUGAAGCUAGGAGAUACCUCCGGAGAGGAUGAAGCUUACCUGCUCCACUUUAUUUGCCACGGAGCUGGGACACCAGCAGGUGGAGUCCCAGCACAGCUUUCCCAGCAGGCAGAGCCGGUGGAAACUCAACAGGGAGCCCAUCCGUAGGGACCUGAGAAGUACCCACAUUCUCCAGGUGCAGGUAAUUUAUGAAGAUAUUAAAGAGUGUUGGCCUUAAGAUGGAUCCCUGUGAGACAUCGAUAGUGACUGGUAGCCAGCCUGAUGUAACCCCAUGUACUAUGACCCUUUGAGCUCAACCUGUCAGCCAACUGCUCAACCAGUUCAACAGCAGAAUACAGUUCUGUUUUUGUGUGUUCGCUUAAUGUCUGUAACCAGUUAACAGAAAAUGAGAAAAAGGAAAGCCCUGGAUUUUGGGCUUGGACAAGUUGUGCAGGUUUGGCAGCCACUGCUCCAGUGAUACCUUGCAGUCCAGGGAGGAUGCAUUGGAAGUGAAGGAAAGAGGGCAUGAGCAGAACAGGGGUGCCUUCUGCAGCAGCCAUGUUACACCAAGUCCGGCAGGUGUAUGGAAGACGGUUCCGUUGGUCCAGUCCUUUUGUGCAUCUCCUCACACUGACUGUUGUGACAUUCGGUGUCCUUGCACCUUUGAUUUGCCACCGGCUCCUCUACUCUUACUUCUAUUUGCGGCGCUGGCACCUGAACACCAUGAGCCAGGAGUUCCUAACGCAGAACCAGCAGGAGGGCCAGGCUGCCCUCCGUUACUUUGAGGAGUUACAGAUACCAAAUGCCUCCAAGGCCUCGAACGGUGACGCCUUCCGGCCCUUGCUGCUGAUUACCAUUAUCACUGUGCAGAGGCAGAAUGGUUUCCACUAUGUCUUGCAAGUGGCCUCCCACUUCCACCGCCUCCUCCAGAAAUGUGGUGCACGUUGCCAGACCCACCGCAUCCUCCUCUGUAAUGUGGAGUCAGACCCCAAUAGUCAUCAAGACGUCAGGCUGCUGAGCAGCUUCUUUCCUAUGGUCAGUCGUGACAAAACUGGAGAGAACCCUGACCCUAGAGUGAACCAGUUUGAGAAGGAGAAGCAGGACUACAUCUUCUGUCUUGAGCAGUCGCUGUUGGUGUAUAACCCAGAAUAUGUCCUUAUAGUGGAGGAUGAUGCUGUGCCAGAGGAGGAGAUAUUUGUCGUCCUGCAGCACCUCUUGUUGGCCCGGUUCUCCAAACCAUACCUCAGAGAUGCACUCUACUUCAAGCUUUACCAUCCCGAGAGGCUUCAGCACUACUUGAACCCUGAACCAAUGAGAAUCCUUGAGUGGCUCGGUGUGGGCAUGUUUCUAGGGCCUGUGCUGAACUGCAUGUACUCCUGGGCAACUGGGCGCCCCAGCCUCAGCUGGCCCAUUGUCUUGUUCUUUGCUUUGUACAGUAUGGCUCUGUCAGAGCUGGUGGGACGGCAUUACAUGCUGGAGCUGCGCCGGCUGGCCCCUACACUGUAUAAUAUUGUGCCAGUUACCGAGUGCUGCACACCUGCCAUGUUUUUCUCCGCUCCUUCUGCCCACCGUGCCUUAGGUUACCUGAAGGGGCUGCAGUGCCGCCAGGGUUUUGCUAAGGAUAUUGCCCUUUACUCACUGCUCCAUACUAAGCAGGAGAAUGCCUAUGUAGUAGAACCCAACCUGGUCCGGCAUGUGGGCAUGUAUUCUAGCCUUCGACUAAACGAUCACCCAAAACUGCUGUGAUCUCUUCAUGCUUUUCCAGACACAAAUCCCAGAGCACUUGCCACUGGGCAGAGAUAGUGUGUGAAUUCAGAGGCCCAUGCUGGGCAUCCUUUGCCACCAGGUGGAAAAAGAAUCUUAGAAGGCUCUCUUAAAAGUUUCUUGAAAAAUAAACUUAUGCGCAUGCAGGCCCCAUUUGAUAUCUACUUGGAACUAGUCACUGUGCACCAUGUGGGAGAGAAGUGGAGGAUUCCAACUGAGUGUCGUGGGUUGUCUACUCUCUUUAAUCAUUCUUACUGAAAUGGUCUCACACCAAUAUAAACAGUUAUACUGCUUACUCUUCUUUACAUUUGUUACAGAAAUCCUCAGUUUAGGGCAAUGGAAAUGUUAGGCAAAGUGAAUGUUUCAAAUUUAAGCUAAUGAGGAGGAAAAGCCUAUAUUUUCCUAUCCUUACUAAGGUCUGAUCUCUACCUGUUUCAAAGCUGUGGUUUUGAGCAGGCCUUUCAAAAGCAGCAGUAUUUUAUGUGAAAUUUAACACAAAUUUUGCUUAGAUUCCUCAAAAUUUCACUAAAACUUUAUUUGUUACUGUCUUCUCCUAUAGAUCCUAUCUGCACCUCUACCCUUCCCACUCUUUUUUCUUGGAACAGCAGGUCUUCAAAAUAAAGCCUCCACUGCUUUGUUAGAAGUCAGCUCUGAAGGUAGGAACGGGAAAACAGUAACAGCCAUUGAUGUGCCACAGCCAGGUCACAAAUGCACGUUUUCACUGCUACAUUACAGCCAUCAUAAACAACAGAGUAUGACUAAUGUGUUGGUUGGUGUCACCACUAGUUACAGCAUGUUCAGGUCAUGAAAAAAGGCCUCAUCAGUUGCUGAUUGGACUUACACAUUCAACAUGCAUUACCUUGACUUCCUACCAGCACAGAGGCAAAAGAAAUAUUAGAGCAGGUGCUACCGUUGUGCAGGAUCCUUGUUUAAUUUUGGAACUGUAAUUCACAGCUCGGCCUAAGUGGUUCAUUCACUGCUGCUGAUAGCCAGCAAAAACAAGCAAUCGAAGUGCAACAUAUCAAGGAGCCACUCUGAUCCAUUAACUUAAUGUGCUUUGGUCGUUAGGCAUUUCGGAUGGUACUUUGUACCACAGCUGUGGGCACAGUUAAAUAUAAAACCAGGUGACAGAGAUCUCAUACAGAAUCAAAACUGGCACCAAAAUGUUUACAUCUAAUGAAAAGCCCACCUUGACUUUAGUGGGCUUUGAAUCAAAUUCACUUACAUGGGAAGUUUGGCUGGACUGCUUUUGAAACCAUAUUCCUAACUUUGAAGUGAACGAAGUACAAUAUUUUUUUUCAAGUUUUGGCCAGGGAGUGUUGUUUUAUUUUGUUGUUUUAUUUUGUUGUUUUAUUUUGUUGUUUUAUUUUGAUGAAGAAAGAGCUCCAGUUUGAAUUUUCUUUCCUCCAGUCUCUCCUGGGUGAUUUAUGCCUUAAGGUCUUAACAAGACCGUUCAUAGUUGUGGAAAAACAUGAAACGUCAGAGAGAUGAAACCAAAGAAAACUCACAAACCUCCAGCUGUCAGUGUGUAAUCAUAUCAACUACACCACACAAAUGCCGAAGGCAAGUCAGCCUAUUGCAAAUGGCUUCACAACACAGAGCAAUGUUUUGCUGUCUUAGUAAUCAGCUGGGAUACUUUUAUAACACCUUUGGAAAUCAGAUGUAAGUAAAAAUCACUUGUGGAUUCCAUAUCAUUCCAAAGGCCAAACAUCUCUGCUGUCAGAGGACACAGGAAAAAUUGACAGGCAGAACCUCGAUUUAUUCCCAGCUGCUGAAAAUUCCAAAGAUGCCAGAGUGGUUGGGCAGUGGCAAGUGGGCAAACCUAUUCUCAGGCUUAACUGUAAUAUGGUUAAGAUGCAGGAUUUUAAUGUCAUUGUAUAUUUAUUCCACUAAGUGCCUGUGUGUGUGAGGAAAUAAAAUUUGUUUGUUUAUGCAUCUUCAACUGUGAAUGUUUCACUGCAGUGUGCUUUUUCUAUCUUUGUACUCUACAAAUCCAGGACAAUGCCCUGUACUUUUCAUACUUGUUCUUGCAAAGAAAAUCUCACAGCAAGGUACGGAAAUUGGACAGGGGAAGGAAAAAGAAGAGUGGAAAAGAAAGAAAACUUAGAAAAGUAACCAACUUAACUAUAUGCAGUUAAUAAAUGUUUUGAUGUGGGAAAUGA